UUUAUUCGAAAAUUUUGCAUCCGCGAUUGCGUCGUGUCGUUCCGGUUGAAUACUUCUUCUCGUAAACAAUACUGUUGCGCGCCACGGUAUCAUGUUCAAAGCGACGUUAUUGUUGCUCUGUUGGCUCGUGUCUCUGACCAAGUUCAGUGAUGCUGUGGAUGUUGGGUGCAAUUAUUAUCAGGAUCUGACUGCUGCGACAACGUAUUUCGUUUACAAUCCCGAGUACCCGUACUCGUAUCAAGGUCCACGAUCAUGCAUGUGGACAAUGAUGACUGACUACCGCGUUAACUUGACCUGCACCACUCAGUUGCCAUGGAGUAACAACUGCAGCGCUGACAGACUAUCCGUUCAAGUCAGUUCGAAAACUACGCAUCAAUAUUGUGGCGAUGGACAGUUUAGUCUACUAUCGGACUCAAGCUCGAUGACCGUGAAACUGACAGUACCAACCUGGUCGACUGGUGGUCGAUUUUUGUGCGAAGCUAGGGCAGUGAAGAGGCCACAGGAUGUUGAGAAUUGUCGAUGUGGAUGGAAGAAUCCUACUAGAAUCGUCGGUGGAACAAACACGGGGGUGAAUGAAUUUCCGAUGAUGGCAGGUAUCGUGGACUCUAUAAAUCGAAACGUGUUUUGUGGAGGCACCAUAGUAUCCUCUAGAUACGUAGUGACAGCGGGACAUUGUAUCCACGAACGAAAGGUUGAUCAAUUGGGUAUCCUGGUGGGUGAUUACGACUUGAGUACAGGGACAGACACGAAUGUCACGAAGCUACAUCGGGUGAUGAGGGCCAUUAUUCACCCUAAUUACGUAGGAGCCGGCGGAAUGAACGACGUGGCCAUGUUGAAAACAGACACGGUGAUAGAGUUUGGUAACGAAGUUGGGCCAGCUUGUCUACCUUUUCAACAUUCGCCAGACACUUUUGGCGGUUGUUUUGUUAAUGUAUUGGGUUGGGGAUCGACGGAGUUCGGUGGAGCACCGUCUGAUAUACUGCAGAAGGUAACCCUAAGUGUCCUCACGCAUCUACAGUGUUCUAAAUUCUACGGGAACGUAUCGACAGAUCAAAUCUGUACCUACGCCGAGGGGAAGGAUUCCUGUCAGAUGGAUAGCGGUGGGCCAGUGUUAUGGGAAAAUCCAACGUCUAGACGACUAGUACUGAUAGGAAUCAUCAGCUUAGGCAGAGGUUGUGCUCUAUACGGCGGUGUAAAUGUCAGAGUUGGUGCCUACAUAGACUGGAUCGUUUCGGUGGCCUCAGACUCAACGUUCUGCAUCAUCGAAUAAAUAAACGUACUCAUCGAGUCAGCUGGACACGACUCGAUUCGACUCAAUAUCCAUAGCGCGUCUGAUCGUUCCGUUAAUUUCGCUGACGAUGCAAACACUCGCAUUCUUAUCAA